ACGAAUGUGGUUUGAAAGAAGUGUGUUAAAAACGCGUGUGAAUUUCGUAAAUCGCUAAUUUUUGCGGAUUUUGUGCUGUGGCCGCUCAGAAGGAUUAUUUCGUGGAACCAGAAUUAAAUCUCUGGCAGAUAGUGGUUCCAUUAAACAGUACCGAGUUCGGAUAAAAGUCAAACCCGCAUUGGGCGAAGGUUUUUCCUUUUCGUUCGUUCGUCGGUGUCCGUGUCUUCUUUUUGGUUCUUUUGUUCCCGUUCCCUGCAGUUUCGGCACCGAUAGGUUUUAAAGAAAAAAGAAUUUGUCGUUCCGUUUGUCUAUUCCUUGUCCGGAUUCGGAUUUUAGAAAUCGUUAAAAGCAGGUAGAAAUCGUAGCGCUACAUAAGCGUUUUGUGAAAGGAUAGGCUAAGUGACAGUGACUGCGAGUAACAAAAAUGGCCCAAGAUAACGAUUCGAACGAGAUCAGUGCGAAAUUCUCCACACUAAAUGUAAAUGCCUUGGAAUUCGUGCCAAGCUUUGCUAGCUCGGCAGCAUCCGCGGCCGCCGCAGCGGCAGCUGCUGCAGCAUUAGUCACAUCGACGGUAUCCAAUACUACUACUACUACUACCACCGCCACCGGAGCUUCCUCGUCCGGCGGUGGCAACUCACCAACAUCCGCCGCGGCUACACCAACGCCACCGUCCAGCAGUGCGGCUCCGGUUCCCAUGGACGUGAAGGGUGAUGAGGAGGCCAAAACUCCAGAGAAUAAUGAAAGCGAACCCCUCGAUAGCUGGGAUGCUGAAGAAGACUCCAUACUAACACCGGAAGAUGAAGAGAUGGAGCUGGACGACGGUGAGGUUGAUGGUGAAAGUGUAGUUAAGGUAUCCAAAAAGAAGCCCCCGAAGGUGGAGGAAAGCAAGAGUAAGAAGGAGCAUGUGAAUGUAGUAUUUAUUGGACACGUUGAUGCUGGUAAAUCGACUAUUGGUGGCCAGAUUAUGUCUCUUACAGGAAUGGUAGACAAACGGACGUUGGAAAAGUAUGAACGGGAGGCACGUGAAAAGUCCCGAGAAAGCUGGUACUUAUCGUGGGCACUCGACACAAACCAAGAAGAACGCGAUAAGGGCAAAACGGUAGAAGUAGGCCGAGCCUAUUUUGAGACUGAAAAGAAACAUUUCACCAUCCUAGAUGCACCAGGACACAAGAGUUUUGUGCCUAAUAUGAUUGGUGGAGCUGCCCAAGCUGAUCUGGCGGUUCUGGUUAUUUCGGCGCGAAAGGGCGAAUUCGAGACUGGCUUUGACAGGGGAGGGCAAACUCGAGAGCAUGCCAUGUUAGCAAAAACGGCCGGUGUUAAACAUCUGGUGGUGCUGGUUAACAAAAUGGACGACCCGACCGUGAACUGGGACGUCGAGCGGUACAACGAAUGCAAAGACAAAAUCCUACCAUACCUCAAAAAGUUGGGCUUUAACCCUACCAAGGAUCUAACAUUUAUGCCGGUGUCAGGUUUUACCGGUCAAGGCCUCCGAGAGCAGAUUGACGAGUCCGUCUGUCCAUGGUACCGAGGGCCAGCCUUUAUUCCUUUCAUUGACGAGCUGCCUUCACUGAACAGAAAAACCGAUGGUCCCUUUAUUAUGCCAAUCGUAGAUAAGUACAAGGACAUGGGAACGGUACUAAUGGGCAAAGUUGAAUCAGGAGUAGCGAAGAAAGGAACCAAUCUACUCGUAAUGCCGAAUAGAACACAAGUGUCUGUCGAUCAGUUAUGGUCGGAUGACGAGGAAGUUACCGCCGUGGGGCCUGGUGAAAAUGUUAAAAUCAAAGUGAAAGGCAUAGAGGAAGAAGACGUUUCGCCUGGUUUUGUGCUUUGCGAUGCCUCAAACCCAAUCAAAACCGGUAAAGUUUUCGAUGCGCAAGUAGUUAUCUUAGAACACAAAUCAAUUAUCUGUGCGGGCUACUCGGCAGUUAUGCACAUACAUUGUGCAGCAGAGGAAAUUACAGUUAAGGCUCUUAUUUGCUUAGUGGAUAAGAAGACUGGUGAAAAAUCAAAGACGCGGCCGCGUUUCGUCAAACAAGACCAGGUCGCCAUCAUGAGAAUUGAGUGUUCCGGAUUGAUUUGUCUCGAGCAGUUCAAACUAUUCCCGCAGAUGGGUCGUUUUACGUUGCGAGAUGAAAAUAAAACCAUCGCCAUCGGUAAAGUGCUAAAGGUUAUUGAAUAAAUGGUUUUCACUCCAAACCAUACACCAGAUGACAUGCAACUGCUAUUGAAAACAAACAGCAACCACGCUAUCUCGUCCUCUGCCGUUGUUGGAAAUUUGUCCUUCUGACGACAAACACAAAGAGAUCAUCAGUCAGUAGAGCAACAACCUUAAACUUCUCGGUAGACAACUCAAUGUAGUUUUUUGCACGUGCAACGCCUUGUUCUUGUUAUAAUUACCUUUUAUUUGGAAUGAUUGCUUCGAAAGUGAGCAAAAGUUCUGUACCCGGUCUCCGAGAUUAAUUUGCAGCAUUCGUUUCGUAUUUCGCUUAUUCAAGUGAAUGAAAAAAUAUCCCGACAAAGAUAUAUUAUGGGCUUAUAAUUACAAUCACCAUGUGCAGUAAAAGAGUAACUAAUUGAGAAUAUUCAAAUCGCGGAAGCGGAGGACUGAACUUAUAUACAAUAAGGAAAUAAGAAAACUACACUUUAAACCAGUAACAAUUAAACUAAAAUAUAAAAAAAAUGGAACAUCAUACGCAUCAGGAACAAUAAUCUUAAUGAUAACACGAUAUUAUAACGACAAAAAAAAAUCCAAGACAAUUUGGCCAACCGCCCGAGCGAGAGAAGUUCUUGGAACUGUGUGAUAAUACAGCCCGCAGGCGAACAUGAGUGCACAUUUUAAUGCGAUUUAUCGGCUCUUGGAAAGGGAAGCCAUUUGUACUCGAAGCAUCUCCGGAAAAUUCUCGAAGGAAGAAAACGCGUUGAGAGCGAUCGGGAGACAACAACGCUGAUGAGUAGUAAAUAAAAUCUAUUAUGCAAAAACAAUUGUUACUUUUAAUUUGUUUCUUGAUACAAAUUGCUUAUUAUUGUAAGAUUUUUAGCUUUUUGUACGGAAAUCACUGUUCGGGAAAUUACUUAUUGAAAACAGAACACAAACAGCAGCAAAAAGCAUCAAUAAAGGACACAGAAUGAGAACGAAGUAAAGCAAAUUUUACGCAGAGGUCGCUUCUGAAACCAGAUCCAACAAAAUACCAAGUGCUUCUCGAUUUUUCGAUAUUGUACUGCACGUAAGAGAAUGUUUGGUGGCAGUAUUUUGUAUGCAAAUACAGCGGAUGAAUGUAAACGGUGUGCUUGCUGCGAGUGUAUGUGUAUGAUUAGGGCAGCUUGCGUAUGAUGGCCCUAGACAUUUAAUUUGGCAUGACGCCGUUCAUUAGAAUAAAAAUGAAUGCACGCGAUUAUAGGGCAAAAUGAGAGUUAAUUUAAUUAGAGCUACGCUAUUGAAAAAGGUUUACACACUCAAAAACACAGCAUAAAGCAUCCAGCAAGCAGAGAAAACAUAAGCAGUCAGCAGCGUCGAGAGUAAAGUGCAUUGUUGGAAAAAAUGACGGGAAUAAGCUACCAGAGACACAAACACACAAUAAAAUUGUAUCGUGAAUAGAGGAAAGAAUCAUGUUAAAACGAAUGCCACAAGCGCAAAACAGAGAAUGGAAACUAUUCUACAUUUAAUCAAAACAGCAAUGAAAACUCCUUUAACUAAUUAUUAUUGCUAUUUUUCGUUUUUUAUUUGUUUAUCUUUUAAAGAAAAGAAGUAAAAAUAAAACCUCCCAAAAAC